GUGUGUGUGUGUUCAAAGCAGUGAGGUCCACACAUUACAUCAGGAUGCACUGUGGUGUGUGUGGAACAGCAGGUCAUUGUCGGGAGUGCACGCCAGUGUCACUCCCAAUUAAGCUCUUCAGCUGCGAAAGAAAAACCCCAGCUUUACUGCUGCUAGGACUUGACAAAUUCAUGACAUCUUGUUCAUCCAUAUCUUCCAUAAAGACUUUCAUCAAGUCUUCAUCAAACUCAGAGCUAAGACAGGGUAAAUCUGUGCAGCACUGCCUGGGGAAUAACAUGACAGCAGCACAAAAACCUCUCCAACAUUUGUGCUGACUACUUGCCAGAUGCUGACGACUCCUCUAAAUACCUUUAAUGGACGUUCAGGGUCGUUCUUUUUCCAGCAUAAAAUAAAUAAAGUCAAUAUAUGUAUAAAAUCCGUUUAAAUUAGAACUAAUUUCCUUGAGUUUCCACAGACCCACAGCAGCUGCACACUUCACAUAUGAGCACAAAUCUAUCCAUAUGCAACUUCUUACAACUCCAUCAGAGCCGGCUUAUGUAACAGUCAUUUCUCCUCCCUGUGCAGGUGGUGAUGACACAAAGCAGACAGACACAGGUUUGGAGAGCUUUGACUUUUUCCACGACAAGGAGAAAGAGAAGGAGGACGACCUCCACAAAUCCUACAAUGACAGAUCGUACCUGAGCUCCGAGGACAUGGGGCCGGGGGAGAGUCGCUCCGAUUUUGUGUCACUCUUGACAGGCAGCACGGGCCUGUGGAGCUCCAAUGGCGUAGCCAGAGCUCGCUUCUCCCUGACCAGAACUAGCCUGGCCUUCUCCAUCACAUACCAGAGAAUGGAUCGUCCCAGUAAAAUAGCGUUCCUGGACUCAGAUGGGAAUUCUGCUUUUGAAUAUAGGGUCCCAAAGGGACAAUCAGAAAUGAUUUGUGGAGUGUGGAAGAACCUGGCCAAGCCUCUAAUGCGACAGCUGCAGUCCGAACAGAUGCGCGUCCGCAUGACCACAUCAGCCGGCCGACGAGAAGACGUGGAGGGAAAGAUCAUUAAACACAGAGCUCUGUUUGCUGAGACUUUCAGUUCAACAUUGACAUCCGAGGAGGAGAACUCAGGCAUGGGAGGCAUCGCCAUGUUGACGUUGAGCGACACAGAAAACAACCUGCACUUCAUCCUCAUUAUGCAGGGACUGAUCGAGCACAAAGACAAAGAGCUCCUUGUAGUACCCAUCAGUGUCCAGCUCGUAUACCGCCAACACAUCCUGAGAGAGGUCCGAGCCAACGUCUCCACUCAUGAUCCAGACUUUGCUGAGGUGCUGACGGACCUGAACAGCCGAGAAUUGUUCUGGUUAUCACGUGGUCAGCUGGAGAUAGCUGUGGUGACGGAGGGCCAGGAUCCUCGACAAAUCUCUGGCUUCAUUACUGGCAGAAAAACCUGUGACACUCUCCAGAGUGUGAUGUCCAGUGGUGAUGCACUGACACCGAGCAAAACAGGGGGCGUGGGCUCUGCUAUCUUUAGCCUCCAUGACAACGGAACGCUGGAUUAUCAGGUCCAGGUUGCCGGCGUCACCAGUGAUGUGGUCGGGCUCACGAUUGAACUGAAGCCAAGGCGCCGCAACAAGCGCUCGCUUCUUUAUGACCUAACACCCGAGUUCAACAAGGCCACAGGUCGGGCCGUGGGCAGCUGGAGUCGCCUGGAGGCCCGGCACAUCCACAUGCUGCUGCAGAACGAGCUCUUCAUCAACGUGGCCACAGCGCACAACCAGGAUGGGGAGCUGAGGGGACAGAUAAAGGCCCUGCUCUACACCGGCCUGGAGGCGCCCCGACAUGAACUACCCACUCUUCUCGCUGGUCAAUAUGUGUCUCCACCAGUACGAACCGGUGCCUCCGGCCACGCCUGGGUCUCAGUGGACAAACAGUGUCAUUUGCAUUACGAGAUCGUUGUCACAGGCCUUAGUAAAGCUGACGACCUGACUAUGAACGCCCAUCUACACGGGUUGGCUGAGAUUGGUGAGAUGGAUGACAGCAGCGCCACGCACAAGAGACUGCUGACCGGCUUCUACGGGUCACAGGCCCAAGGAGUGUUGAAGGACAUCAGUGUUGAAUUACUGCAACACCUGGAUCAGGGAACAGCCUUUAUACAAGUCAGCACUAAACUCAACCCUCGAGGAGAAAUACGAGGAAAGGUCCACAUACCAAACAACUGCGAGUUUGGAACCAGAGGAGACAUGGAGGAGGCUGAAUUUGAUGACCUCUUUGUGAAGGACCCUGAGGAGCUGAAGAAGGAUCCUCACACCUGCUUCUUCGAGAACCAAUACCACGCUCACGGCUCCCGCUGGAUACCAAGCUACGACAAGUGCUUCUCCUGCAGCUGCCAGAAGCGAACAGUGAUCUGUGACCCAGUCAUCUGUCCAGUCUUGACCUGUUCUAAAACCAUCCAGCCUGAGGACAAGUGCUGUCCUGUCUGUGACGAGCGGAAGGACCCCAAGGACAUUAAAGCUCCAGAGAGAGUGGAUGAAAAUCCUGAUGGUUGUUAUUUUGAAGGAGAUCAGAAGAUGCAUGCCCCGGGGACAACAUGGCAUCCCUUUGUGCCUCCUUUUGGCUACAUUAAAUGUGCUGUCUGCACCUGCAAGGGCUCCACAGGAGAGGUUCACUGUGAGAAGGUCACGUGUCCAGUGUUGACCUGCAGUCAUCCAGUGAGACGUAACCCGUCUGACUGCUGCAAAGAGUGUCCAGAGGAGGACAGGACACCAGCUGGGCUGGAGCACAGCGACAUGAUGCAGGCGGACGGGCCUCGACACUGCAAGUUUGGAAAGCACUAUUACCAGAACAGUGACAAUUGGCACCCAUGGGUGCCCCUAGUGGGGGAGAUGAAGUGCAUCAACUGUUGGUGUGAUCAUGGAGUGACCAAGUGCCAGAGGAAGCAUUGUCCUGUAGUGACAUUAGCAACCUGCUCCAACAUCACCCGCAAAGAGGGCUCCUGCUGUUCAGAGUGCGGUGAUUCCAAAGAGGAGGACCAGGACCAUCCCAUGAUGAAAGUUCCAGACAAAAGGCGGACCUGGAGACAAUGAUCUUUCAUCGCUUAUCUAAUAUUCUUGGAUGAACCUGAACCCAGAGCCUCUUUGGGUUUUUCCCACCUGCCCUCACUCUUCAGCUUACACCCACUCUGUCAUCAGCAUCAGGAUUGUAACCAGACGGAGGAAUGAAAAAUUAAAACAAAAAAAAAGAAAGAAAAAAAAAAGAAAACAGACUCAACUGAGAAAGAGAUGAAGCUCCAAACCAUGGGACCAACCAGACACCUGUUGCCUUCUGCUUUUCAAGUUGCUGGGAUUUUGAUUCCCUUCUUCACUUUUGUUUGUCUAAGCCGCUCCACAGAUCCUAAGGCGUAGAGUUUAUAACAAAUAAAAUAUGGAAAAUGGGAGAAUUUUUAAACAGGAAAUGUUUGUAAGACUGAAUAUGACAUUGAUGGAGCUUCUUAUUAAAGUGCAGCUAGAGCUAGCUAGCGCGCCCACUGGACAGAGUGUUGAUUGCCUUAUUGUAUGUGAAUGUGUGUGUGUGUGUGUGUAUGUAUGUGAUGCCGAAAUACAGAACCAGGCAAAGUACCAUCAGUACAGUCAGACUACAGUCUUCACUGCUGUGGGUGGAGGAAAACCAGGCUUUUGUGCAGUUCCAGCUUCAUCUUCACCUCGUUCAAGAACUCUGCUUUAACUGUUCCUAAUGCUGAUUUUUCAAAAUAAGUAAUAUUUUAUGAAAAAUGAAGCCGAUUUGUAUUUUUGUAUUUAUUAAAUGCUGUGGAGACGAAAUAAAAAAAGGAUGUUUGUUGGUUUUAAA